AUGUCCGCCCUCGAUGAGGAUGCACCCUACGAGGCGUUGUGGGAGGCGCUUGGCCAACUCGAGGACGCCCGGGCGGCCCUCCAUGACAGGCUCCGCGCGGCCCGAUUCGCGUUCAGCACAACGCAGGCCGUCGAGGAGCGGCGUGGGCGUCUCCUCGCCUACGAGGCCGUUCCUGUCGCGGCGGGGGUGGUGCGGCCCACGCGGGGCCUCCGCAGCCGCCGCGAUCACAACAACAAUAAUGAUAGCAAUAACGACGAUGACGAUGGGGUGAGUUGGGUGGUGGACCCCCUCCCCGGCCCCGAGGGCGGUGAGGGGGAGGAUGGAUCGGCCAUGGAUCCGAUUUGUUACUUCAGCGCGGCACCCUCGGAGGAGUUGCGGGACUGUCAGCGGCUCUUUCGACAGGUACUGGAGGACGUCGUGGUCGUGGAUCGGGCGCAAAAGGCGGUCCUAAGGAUUGCUGCAAAUCUCCCGGUAGCGAAUCCUGGAGACGGGAAUGAUGAAGACAAGAAGCCCCCAAUACCUAAAUAA